AUGCCUAGGGUUAAGCAAUCAAACAAACUUGAAGUUAGUUAUGAGGAGUAGGAGGAGAAAUCUCGUAUCCCAUAGGCCACUGUUGGUAAGAUGAUUCCUGGACUUAUACUUGAAAGCCCAGAGACAAAGAUUGUAAAUGAUGAUUCACUACCUACUACAGUCAACUUAAACUAGUGA